AUGGCGAGUAGUGGUAAAUUGAGUCGCGUUCAUCUCGGUCGUCGGCGGUCACCGUGGAGCAAUGAGCCCGACGAGUGCUCGAAGGAUAUUCUGGGCCACAGGGAAGCCCCGGGAGAUGAGGCUCCAGACCUCAACCACUUCCCAGAUGCCUGUCUUGGCAUGCUAGAAGCCCCGGGAUUAAUUCUCACCCGUGCUUGGCGUUCUCCUCCCCGCGAUCUGAUCGGAAUGACCCGGCAUCUCUACCACGAUGUCUUGGCGGCUGUAUCUGGCGAAUAUUUAGAUGAUCAGUUGGUCUUUUCUCGUGUAGGAGCCACUCCUAGCCGAUUGGGGCGAGUCUGCAAACUGAGAGGAUCCGGUGGUAGCAGACGACUGUCAUCGAUUUGA